AAGUCAUCGUAAGAUAGUACUAGCAUCUUUAUAACCGUCCUCAGCCCAGACUUGUCAGUUGUAAUAGGGACAUUCACUAUCCUGAAAAGGCGAGAAAUCCAUCUCUCCAUGAUGUACUCUUAGUUGAACCGGAAGUAACCUUUGAUCCCGCCUUUGAUACUAGUCAAAGUCAAAAAUGGCUCAAGUCCAGAGAAGAUUGGCCAAUAUGACGAGGAUUCUCAAUAUGCCCGUGAAGGUUGAUCGUAAUGGUACGAGAGCUCAGGUUACAAUUCCUGGACUUUCCUACGAUGAUUUUGACAGAACAGGUAACUUGAGUGUUUGGAAGAUAGCUCGUUUGGUGGAGAUUUCUAGAGCAUUCAAAGCUGAUUUUGCAAGCAUUGGAACUGAUUUAACAAAAACAUUUAUGGUGAUAGGGAAACAGAUGGCGAUUAAUCCAAAGUUCUACGUAAACGCUAAUAUAGGAUUGAGUCUGACGUACGUAAAGGCAUUGAAUUAUAUUGGAGAUGGCUCAAUUGGUUGUAAAGUAGAAAUAAAAGAUACAAAAACAGAUGAAUUGUAUGUUGAAUGUCAAGACUAUUUUGCUUACGUUGACAUAAGUGCCAGAAAAGCUGCCAAACUUCCAACACAGUACAAAGACAAAAUGAAAAUAUGGUCAACUAUAACACCUACAUAUUUCCUGACUCCUAAACGAGGAGAGCAUUGUUUCACGCACAAACUGAACGUUACUCACAGCGAUAUGGAUGUCCUGUACCAUACCAAUCAGGCAGCGUACGUCAAGUACAGUAUGGACUGCGCUGAAAUGGCGAGAAAGGAAAACUUUUAUUCUCUUUUUAAAGACGAUAUGGGAGAAUACCAUGCAGUAUCUUGGGAUGCUUCCUAUAAAGGAGAGAGUGAAGUUGGCGAUCAGCUUGAGGUUGUAACGUGGGAAGAUACCACAGACGCAAACAUUCUACAUUUUGAGAUUGAUAAAAAUGGCAAAGCUAUUUACUUCAGUACGAUAAAAUUUAAUGAAUAACGUAAUAAAAUAAGUAGACAUGUGCUAUGGAAUUCCAACUCCCUUUGACCAAGGAAACUAGAUAUAAUGGCUAAAAUAGUAUCCUAAUUUGCAGGCAGCAAUGUUUGUAAAAGAUUCACGUUUACUUUGUAACUGUAAGAAUAACGUCGAUAUGACAACAAUUAUAAUGUGGAAUGAUUUAGUGGAUUCUAGUACGUCGUAGCAUCGUACUCAUACAUUAGCUCCUCAGAUAAAAUUCUGGUCGUUUUUUGUCCAGUGAAUGAGGAACGUUUUUUUUUCCCUUUUUCGGAUCAAGAUGGCGUUUUCCCAAGUUAGUCCCCUGGUAAAGGAAAGCGAGCACCCCCCCACUAUAUUUUCUGACGUCCAUUCGCGACCACGUAAAUAAUCAUAUGAAAAUUGCAGAAAGUGCCAUUUUCAUCAUUAGGAUUAAUUUACAUUAAUUACAUUAAUUUACCAUUUACAUCGAGUGAAUAUAA